GUUCGGGUCGGGCCGUACUUCCCGGCUCCGCGGUGACGUCAGGUUUCCCUUUGCGAUCUCAGAACGCGGGGAAAGCGGUGAAGCAGCUGCUGCUGCCGGGAGGCGUCGGGACACACGCCUUAUCUCGGUGUUUCAGCGUAGAGUUGGAUUUCCAGUUUCUUCUCACAGUAUUGAUGGUCUUGAAAGUGCAUUUGGAUCCAAGACGUUUUCUACCAUUGAACAAAUUAAGAACCUCCUCUCUAUCUCAGAUCCGUACAGACAAUUUAAUAUCUUAUGACUUCAUUUCUCCAAAUUAAAUGAAAAAGCAUUUUUCUCUUAACUUUCCAUGAAGCUCAGCUAUUGCCUGUUAAUUUUGACUGUUAGUGCUGAUCUUUCGAUUGGACUUACAUUGGAAAAUGUAGCUUCUAAUGGGACACUUGUUUUUGAGUCUUUCAAUGCAUCACUUCAUCCAGUGCCUCAAGCUUUAGCAAGUUCCCCAGCACACCAUGAUAUCAUAGCCAAAGAAGGAACCAGUGUUUUAAUUGAAUGUAAAGUGAACAUCAGCCAAUAUGAAUAUAUUCUUUGGUAUAACUCCAAAGGACACCUGCUUCAACAGAAAGAUGAAGGUGGACGGUGGAAGAUUGCUGAUAAUUUCCUUAACAUCACAAAGGUCAACUUUGCUGACCGGGGACGAUACACGUGUGCAGCUGUUAAUGGUAACAACACAGCCUAUUCCACUGUCACCCUGAGAGUCACCUUCACCUCAGGAGACAUGAGUAUUUACUACAUGAUUGUGUGCCUCGUUGCCUUUGCUAUCACCCUCAUUUUAAACAUAACUCGUCUGUGCAUGAUGAGCAGUCACCUCCGCAAAACAGAGAAGGCUAUCAAUGAGUUCUUCAGGACGGAAGGGGCUGAGAAGCUUCAGAAGGCUUUUGAGAUAGCCAAGCGUAUCCCCAUCAUUACAUCUGCCAAAACACUAGAGCUGGCCAAAGUCACUCAGUUUAAGACCAUGGAGUUUGCUCGGUACAUUGAAGAGCUUGCCAGAAGCAUUCCCCUUCCUCCACUGAUCCUUAAUUGCAGGGCAUUCAUGGAAGAGAUCUUUGAGGCUGUGCGAGUUGAUGAUCCUGAUGAAGUCGGUGAGGCAGAAAAACAAACCCAAGCCUGUGGUACCCAAGCUGCAAUAUACCCCGUCAACCCGGAGAUCAAGCGCAGUGAUUCGCCGGCCGGGGAUUCUGAUGACGGGUCUGUGAAUGAGCAAGGCCAAGAAAUAGCUGUUCAGGUGUCCAUCCACCUGCAGGCAGAAGCACAGAGCAUUGACACCGUUUCUCAUGACAGCUGCCAGUUUGCUCCUUCUGAGGAAGGCACCUGCUGAACCCAGCCACACCUGUUGUACAGGGGCACAGGUGUCUCUGGGAUAACGUGAGAAAGGGAUGUGCAAACAAGCUGCCUCAUCCCAUGUGCACAAGAGUUGUUUUUUUUCCAAAUUGCAAGAUGCCAGAACUACUACUGAUGUCUGUAUUUCCUGUCAGUGUUUCGCUGUGUUGGUCUAACAGUUUCAGAUCCAUAAGAGAAGGCUGUUUGAAUUAUUGUUCAGUGGAUUUUCUUUUUGAAGCAGCUUGUUUUACUUCAAGUAUUUAUAAAACAGUAAUUCUUUAUCAUCAGCUCCUUGGUACCCUCUGAUACUUCUGAUCUGUAUUAGAAGUAGCCAAGCUGAGCAGAACAAGUUGCAAUAAGGUCUUUUCCUUUGUAGGCCUGUUCUUCCUUCACAAAGUGGAAGCAGAAUUCCUUAAAGCCAAUGUUGUUAUCCCACUGAAUUGAGUUGUGUGCUUUUUUUGAAUUGCCUCACACUAUGUGUAGCCCAUCAGAACCAUGGUGAGCUUGAACAAAUCUGUUUUGUGUAGUGUGCUUCUAUGUUGCUAUCAAAAUGUACUGUACUUAGAAAAAUGCACCGAGAUCUGCUGCUGAAUUAAACAAAGUGCUAUGGCAGCUUAGAGAACAACCAGGGGAUCUCUGCUUUCUGUGCAUCUGCGUCUGCAUCUGUACUUGAGUGUGUGGAAAGCAAAUUGCUACAAACCUUGUCACUUAAGCUUGGUGCUGAUUGCCAACACGCCUUACCCUGGUUCUGUCUUACAAAGUGGAGCAGUAGGUGGUACCACUGGCUCUGUCUUUUGACUCUGCUGAUUUCACUCGCUAUAGAGAACCCAAAGUUUCAUGUUGCAUUUGACAUUGUUGUGAGAAAAGAGUGACAGUAAUCGUCUAGUGGUGUAACUUAAAGGGAAAUUUGUCUAUUGUUAAAGUAUUUCAGGCAGUUAUUUCUGAGUUAUAGAGAGGAAAAAGCAAUGCCACUGACUUUACUCUGGCUAGCGCUUUCAGAAAACAGUGGGAGAGAGGGCUUAGCAGAGGGGCUGGCUGAGCUGCUUGCCAGCCCGUUUUCAGAGCAGAGUGGUUGGAGAGUGUUGCCCUCCCUCAUCUGCUGAAGAGGAAAGGCAGCUGACAUCCAUACCUACACGUGUACGUGCUACACCAAGGAUCUCCUGUAUGGCUUCCUUCCUCAGCUGUGGAGCUGCGGCCUCAUGGAAACCACAGGCAGACAAGAAUCAAGUAUCUUCUUUCACACGUUGGUGCUGAUUUUUUUUUCUCCCUAGCAUUUAUAAGUUGUAUCACUUAAAUAGCAUUAUAUAUCCUAUCGAGAUUUAGUAGAUGUAAGGGUUGUAAAAACUCCACAAAUUAAUUUUUUACAACUACUGGAACCAUUCUGCCAUAUAAUUUAAACAACUUGGCAACAGGAGCACCAUUUAAUUUCCCACAACUCUUUUUUCUUUUCCUUAUUAUUACAAAAAUGUCAUUUGAACAAGUGAUUCUGGAAGGCUGUUCAGGAUUCUUAAGAGGAUUUGACUCUACAUUUACAUGAGUAAGCAGGCACAGUGGUAAUAACAGGGUGGAGCUUUCUGUUGUAGUGCAUCCUCCUAACAAAGGGUCUGAGCAAAUUACAUUUAUCACAUCAUAUCAAAUGGUGGGAAAGUGAAGCAUUUAUUACUAUUUUAAAAUACCUCCUGGGGAAAGUUCUGCUAACAGCCACCAGUAUAUGCAGCCUACUUGGCUUUGGUAUACUGGGUAAGAGCUGUGUUUUUUGGUGAGAAUGAACACUGCUAGCCUUAGUUGCAGUAUGCUCUGACCAACUUGGUACCAUUGCCAAGACCGUAACAAACAUCUGCUUCAGGGAAGGAAAGCUUGCUAUAGACACGAUAGAUACUGCCCUCUGCAGUAGCUUCUUGUUAGUUUCCAUGGUUUGAUAGCACUUUAUGUCCAGGUGAAAAAUUUGUGUAGUUUUGUGUAACCUGUCUGAUUUUCAAAAACGUUUUUAGUGAUCAGUGUUAAAUUCUUGUAGAUAAAGGCCUGGUUCUAGAUGUCCUGCCACAAUGCUGCUGGCUUCACUUCUGUCCUACAGUGAGCUCUGCAGAUUUAUUGCCUGACACAGAUUUGGGGGUUUGUACCACUUUGUAUGUCCUAUCUGAAAGCUGAUGGCCACAGGAGAGGGUCAUCUCUUUUAAUCUGUUGAGCCACAGGCCUUUGGCAUUUUACCUGCUCCUGCCAGUUUUCACAAAACAGCUCUCCUUGCUUCUGUGAAGCUAUUGCAUUCCUUGUGGCAGUAGCAUCUUUGACAUUUCCCCCUUCCCCUAUAUGCACUGUAGAGAUGCAGCUACAAAAUCAAAGCUCCAUUUAAUUGCUUCUGUGGAAGCAGUUAUGCAGUUGUGAUUGACAGAUGUCUCAUCAGAAGCAGCAGCUUGCAGGCAGCAGGAUGAUCCUAGAGGUGCAUCAGAUGGGUGUCAGGAGACGAGUUUCUGGAUUAACUCAAUCUGUUCUUUGAUUUUUAUUCUUUAUUUCCAUAGCUCCGAGUUCUCACUGAGCGCCGUUACGUGGUGUCUCCAUGUGUCCCCAUUUCUGGUGGAGAGAAAAGAAUCCUACAUCCAGGUCCUCAGAAAUGCAAUUGCCGUGUCAAUUGCUGGAUAAUAAAGCCAAGUAUUUUCCUGAAUUAUUGCAGCAUUUUGUUUCCCAAAUUAAUUCCAUCCCUGGGAAGGAAGCUGCAUUGCAAGAAUUUCAGUAAAUCAGUGGCACUUAUUAAAUGUAGGAACUGAUCCUACCUCCACUGAAUUCAAUUAGAGCAGAUUAGGAGCCUUAGUGUAUUUUACAAACAAUAUUAUAGGGUUUUUUUUGUGCAUCUGAAAGCAAGGAGGAUGUUGGUGUUCUGCAGUAAAUGUGAUUUCCAGAGAAGGAAACCUGACACUGGUUUCAAACAACUUGUGAACUCUUCUUACAUUGACUAGCUGUGUGCAUGUAGGUCUGUUUGAUGUGACUAACUGAAAAUUAACAUUGAAAGACUGUAUAAGUGACAGUGUUUCUAACUUUUCAUAGGUCAGGGAGAUUCUACAGUGGUUUCCUUGGUUUAAACUGAAUUCUUUGACAAUCUCAAGGCUAUUUUAUCUCUUCUUUAUAACUGCUUUUUAUUUAAAAUAACAUAAAAUCUACUCAUUACCCGAGAGUACCUAAAAAUAACUUUGUAGUGGUUGUUUGUAUUACAUGGAUUGUAACGUUAAAACGUAAUGUUUAAUGUAACCGCAUAGGAUUUCAUACUUUCAUAAAAUGAAUUGGUAGGUUUGCAAAAUAAAUGAA